CAAUGCCUGCCUUGACACGAGAAUUUCGUACUGAGCAGGAUCCCGAUAUUAACUACAACCAAGACCUCCCAAUACAGAACAGCGUCUGCUUUGGAAAUUAUCCACUAAAUCUAGACAUGCCCACCAACAGAGCACCAAUGCCAUCCUUAACACCAGAAUUUCGUACUGAGUGGAAUGACGGUAUUGACUACAACCAAGAUCUCCCCAUCCAAGAUAAUACCCCCUUCGGACAUUAUCCGCUAGAUCUAGAGGUUGAUCCGAUCUUGGAAUUCGUGAAUCUGUCACCUCAUCCAGAGCCGACGAUGGACAUUCCUGGACACACACCUUCUGCCGAAAUCAGUCACAGUCCAUUACAGGAUAGCCCACAGCGUAGCCCGUUCAAACCAGUUGAACAGUCUAGGGUCACUGCAUCAGUCUCACCCCCUCCAUCACCUCUAGAGAAGGCCAAAACUAAGGUGUCCAAGCGAUAUCACAAAGGCCUCGAGAUCAUGUAUGAGAAAGGAAUUGAAGAAACAGGCCAAAUAAACCCAGAUAAGAUUUCUCACUCGAUACAUGCAAGUUAUUCUAUCAUAAGGUCGGAUCUGGAGAUUUUCACGGAAACUAUAUUGCACACGUGGCUUGAAAAGGGGCUUUGGCCACAAACUGCUCCCAGUGCAAGUGACGAGCUUUGGAAUCAAUGCUCGCUAGAUAUGAUGCAACUGGAGAUCGAACAAGACCCGGAAACGAAGGCUAUUAUGCGUCGAGUGGCCCAGAUACGGAUGUAUUAUUGGCAUGAAGAAGAGAAGAAGAAGAUUGAGAAGUCGCCAAAUUUCGUUAAGGCAGACUCGGAAAAAAGCCUCCACGCCAGAGCAUCUGAUGCUUUCUUUCGGCAUUAUACUACUAUAUGGGACAAAACAGAUGAUAAAUCCAGGAAAAUUGCUCGUGAAAAAUUCGAUAUAGAGAUAGAGACGGGAAAGAUUUCUCGUCCAGGGAAGUGCGCGUGCUUUCCAGCUUUAUCCUCAAUUGCUACCCGGGGGUUCUAG